GACCCCUCUGCUAGGUCAAAUUGAUACACGGUAUUCAAGAACAUUGUUCUCACAGUUCAAUAAUACCACUACGAAGAUUCAGUCAUGGCAGUCAAUGGAAAAUUAGCUCUCCUCAGUGUAUCAGAUAAAACAGGUCUGAUACCUUUGGCGAAAUGUCUCUCCGAAAUCGGCCUUGGAUUAGUUGGUAGCGGAGGUACAGCUUCAGCUCUUCGCAAUGCUGGUUUUAAAGUUCAGGAUGUGUCCGAUAUCACUGGAGCUCCAGAAAUGCUCGGAGGACGUGUCAAGUCUCUUCAUCCAGCUGUUCAUGCUGGGAUAUUAUCAAGGCUUACAGACUCCGAUCAGGCUGAUAUGAAGCGUCAAAAGUUUGACAUGAUAAGCGUAGUUGUCUGCAACCUCUACCCAUUUGUUGAGACCGUAUCAAAGGCUGACGUCACUAUCGCUGAUGCGGUAGAGAACAUCGACAUUGGAGGUGUAACAUUACUUAGAGCAGCUGCCAAGAACCACGACAGAGUAACUGUCAUUUGUGACCCCACAGAUUAUGACAAAGUCAUUAAGGAAUUAAAAGAGAGCAAUGAUCAUCAAACUUCAUUGGAUACAAGGCAAAAAUUGGCUUUAAAGGCUUUCACACACACUUCCCAGUAUGAUGUUCAUAUUUCUGACUACUUCCGAAAGCAAUAUUCAGCAGGUCAAUCACAGCUGACUCUGAGAUAUGGUAUGAACCCACAUCAAAAGCCAGCUCAAGUUUUCACAACCCAUGAUCGCUUGCCGCUAACCACUUUGAACGGAUCUCCUGGUUUCAUAAAUCUUUGCGACGCUUUAAACGCAUGGCAACUGGUCCUUGAAUUAAAAGAGGCCUUAGGUCUUCCAGCAGCCACCAGCUUCAAACACGUUUCACCCGCUGGAGCGGCUGUCGGUCUUCCUUUGACGAAAGAAGAGGCGGCAGUGUGCAUGGUGGCAGAUCUCCUGCCACAGCUCAGUCCGCUGGCGUGCGCCUACGCACGCGCACGAGGCGCAGACCGCAUGAGCUCCUUCGGGGACUUCAUCGCCAUCUCCGACGAGUGCGAUGAGAUCACCGCUAGGAUCAUUUCUCGGGAGGUGUCGGACGGCAUCGUAGCGCCCGGGUACACUCCCGCCGCGCUUGCAGUGCUCAAAAAGAAAAAGGGUGGCAACUACUGUGUGCUCCAGAUGGAUCCCAAUUAUAGACCGGACUUGAUGGAGCAGAAGACGAUUUUCGGUCUCACUCUCGAACAGAGACGUAACGACGCAAAGAUUACAUCGGAACUUUUCAAAAACAUCGUCACCACCAACAAAGAUCUGCCCCCGGGUGCCGUGAGGGAUCUCAUCAUCUCAACGAUCGCAUUAAAAUAUACACAGAGUAAUUCCGUAUGCUACGCGAGGGAUGGACAGGUGAUCGGCAUCGGCGCGGGGCAGCAGUCGCGCAUCCACUGCACGCGGCUGGCGGGCGGCAAGGCGGCGCUGUGGUGGACGCGCGCGCACCCGCGCGUGCUCGCCGCCGCCGCGCGCGCCCGCGCCGGCCUCUCGCGGGCCGUGCUGUCCAACGCCAUCGACAACUACGUCAACGGCACCAUCGGAACGGAUCUGCCCCUAGAUCAAUGGAAAAGCUUGUUUGAAGGGGAACCGCCCGCACUUCUCACGGCCGAAGAGAGAGACGAGUGGGUCAAGAAGUUGGACAAAGUAGCACUCGCUUCAGAUGCAUUUUUCCCCUUCAGAGAUAAUAUUGACAGAGCUGUUCAGUGUGGUGUGGAAUACAUCGGAAGUCCGUCGGGAUCUAACAAUGACAAGGAAGUGAUUGAUGCUUGCAAUGAACACAAAAUUGUACUUGCUCAUACAAGCCUUAGACUUUUCCAUCAUUAAAGUAUUUAAUUUCAAAUCAUUAGUAUUGUAAGAAAAAUGAGUUUAAUUAUUAAUGUAUAAUGUAUUCAUAGAAUCUUUACAUAUCUAUUAUUUACUAAAAUUAAAAAUUCAAGAGUUAUUUGAAUAAUAUCUAAAAUACUCUACAAAACAUUCCUUAAAGUGCCUUAUAUUAAAAUACAAAUAAAUGUAGGAUUUUUAUAUCCAUUUAAUAAAGAUGAUCUGAAACAUG